GGUAUCCCAGUCUUUAACUUGAGUAAUAAAUGUAUCCCAGUCUUUAACUUAAGUAGUACAUGUAUCCCAGCCUUUAACCUGAGUAAUAAAUGUAUCCCAGUCUUUAACUUGAGUAAUAAAUGUAUCCCAGUCUAUAAUUUGAGUAAUAAAUGUACACCAGUCUUUAACCUGAGUAAUAAAUGUAUCCCAGUCUUUAACCUGAGUAAUAAAUGUAUCCCAGUCUUUAACCUGAGUAAUAAAUGUAUCCCAGUCUUUAACUUGAGUAAUAAAUGUACACCAGUCUUUAACCUGAGUAAUAAAUGUAUCCCAGUCUUUAACCUGAGUAAUAAAUAUAUCCCAGUCUUUAACUUGAGUAAUAAAUGUAUCCCAGUCUUUAGCCUGAGUAAUAAAUGUAUCCCAGCCUUUAACCUGAGUAAUAAAUGUACACCAGUCUUUAACCUGAGUAAUAAAUGUAUCCCAGUCUUUAACUUGAGUAAUAAAUGUAUCCCAGUCUUUAACUUGAGUAAUAAAUGUAUCCCAGUCUUUAACUUGAGUAAUAAAUGUAUCCUAUGUCUUUAA